AUGUUCGACCUUCGCCUCCGCAUUCUUCUCGGCUGUGCCCUGGCACUCUACUCGACUACCGGAAGCCUUGCCGCGCCGCACACUCCCUCAAAUACGCUGCGCCGCAAUCAUGAAAGUCAUGUGUCUACAUCCCUAGACGAAGGCCCCGGACCAGAGAAGAGCUGCACAAGUCUACUCACACUCCCUACGUUGACUCCAAGGCAAUAUGUAAAGAUCCAUGGUGAAGGCUUUCCGGGCGUCGGGGAGACUGAGGCGCCGGAGUCGGGCGGUGAUCUGUUCGGACGCAGUCAGACGAAUUGCCUGGGUUAA